CCAUCUCUGUCACGCUGACCUUUCUCUCCCAACCCAAACCCCAUCUCUCUCUCUCUCUCUCCUCAUUUACUACUCUCUCUCUCUCCUCACCUCACUCCCCAUUCCACUUCACUUAACAUCAAAUUCACAAAUAUAAAACCUCAUCACAAGCCAAGAAAAAGCCAUCUCGAUUGUGUUUAAUUUCACUUCAUCAAUGGGCCGGUCUCCGUGCUGCGAUAAAAUCGGGCUGAAGAAGGGCCCGUGGACGCCUGAGGAAGAUCAGAAGCUUUUGGCUUACAUCGAAGAACACGGCCACGGUAGCUGGAGGGCCUUACCUACCAAAGCUGGGCUUCAGAGAUGCGGUAAGAGCUGCAGAUUAAGGUGGACUAACUAUUUGAGGCCAGAUAUUAAAAGAGGAAAAUUCAGUUUGCAGGAGGAGCAAACAAUCAUUCAACUGCAUGCUCUUUUGGGAAAUAGGUGGUCGGCCAUCGCGACCCACCUGCCUAAACGAACAGACAACGAGAUCAAGAACUACUGGAACACGCACCUGAAGAAACGGCUGGCGAAGAUGGGGAUUGAUCCGGUCACCCAUAAGCCCAAAAACGACGCCCUUUUAUCCAGCGACGGCCAAUCCAAGAGCGCCGCCAAUCUCAGCCACAUGGCUCAAUGGGAGAGCGCGCGCCUCGAAGCCGAAGCCAGAUUGGUCCGACAGUCCAAGCUCCGCGGCCCCGCCUCCGCCUCCGCCGCCUCCUCCGGUUCCUUUCAGGCGCAGAGCUCGGAGUUCGCCUCGACUUCGAGCCAGCUCCACAAGCCGGGAGGCGCGGCGCGGCCGUGCCUCGACGUGUUGAAGGCGUGGAGCGGCGGAGUGUCGGCGGCGGGGGUCGGCGGGGAGCUGGAGUCGCCGACUUCGACGCUGAGCUCGGCGGCGGUGGGGGAGGGCUCCGCCGCCUUCGUGGAGCUGGUGAGGAGCUCGCCGUGCGACGGCGGGCUGAUGAAGGAGGAAGGGGAGGAGGAGUGGAAGCAUCUGGUGGCGCUGCCGGAGCCGGCGGCGUGGGCGUCGGAUUCGGAGCACGUGCCGAGCGGGAACUUCGUUGAGAAGUUCACGGAUCUUCUGCUCAGUACGUCGUCGGGCGAUCGGCGCUUCUCCGACGACGGCGGAGAAUCGGAUAACGGCAGCGGCAGCGGCGGCGACGGCGGCAGCGGUGAUUAUUACGAAGAUAACAAGAAUUAUUGGAACAGCAUUCUUAAUUUGGUGAAUGCUUCGCCAUCUGAUUCGCCAAUAUUUUGAGGGAUCAAUAAAUCUUCGUUUUGUGAUUCACCAAAUUCAAAUGUACCAGCUUCCAACUGUAGAGAUAGAGUCUUUUAUCUUUGUUUUUUUUUUUUUUUUUUAGGAUCAGCCAUUCUUAACUCUUGAAUAUUGCCACGUGCCUUGUUCAUACCUCCAUUUUCGUUAGAUUCAAAUAAAACCGAGCUUUAAUCAA